AUGGUGCAAAGUGAUUGGGGUGGUGAAUAUCGGAGGUUGUCCAAAGUCCUUCAAGAUGGGGGGGUUCCUACGGUGGCAUCAUUUCUUCCUGGUGGUGAUCUGCUUAUUGUUAUUGGGUCUUUGGCUGCUAUGAGGGUCGAUCAUGGGCAUAAAGGGCCAUCUUCGAUUAUAUUGGAGCCUGGGAACAAUAUUGAUACUUGUCCCAAUUUAUCUAGCUCUCUUAUUAUUAAUCCAUGUGAUUUCACAAUGGAUUCUGUUGAGCCUACUUUGCCUUGUUUGGAUUCUAGCACUCAUGUUGUGGACAGUGGUGAGGAUGAUGUGGUAGCACAACCUGCUACUCGUAUUGAGGAAUGUGCGUCUAUGCCACAAGAUGAUGUUACGUUCGAUUUGUUGGAUCCAUCGGGGGCUCGUUCUACAGAGGGUGUUAAGGGAGUUUCUAAUAGUCAUCAUAUAGUGACUUGGAGUAAACAUGGGAUAUUUAAACCAAUGGUCUAUCAUGCGAUUGAGAUGACUUGUGAUGAUCAUAAACCGGCUACAAUACGACAUGUUUUAGCUUCCCCAAAUGGAAGCAAUGGUACAUGGAAAUUGGUUCCUCUACCCAAAGAUCGGACGAAGAUUGGUUGUAAGUGGCUUUUUCAGGUUAAAAAGAAUCUUGAUGGAUCAGUAGCUCGAUAUAGGGCAUGCCUUGUUUCAAAAUGGUAUUAUCAAGUUCUAGGGAAAGAUUUUCAUGAUAUCUUCAGUCAUGUUGUGAAGGCGGCUACGAUUAAUGUUGUGUUGUCUUUGUGGAACAUAAUUUCGUUAGAACAAGACAUGUUCUGGGAAGACGAUGAACUUUCCUCUUUGUUUUCGAAAGAAGGGCAGAAUCAGUUGUUUGAUAGCGUUCAAGCCGAUGGGAAUCUAGCCAAGGCUCGCCGGGCAGCUGUGGAAUGGGUUUUGAAAGUCAAUGCUCAGUAUUCUUUCUCUGCCCUCACAGCUGUUUUUGCCGUCAAUUAUCUCGAUAGAUUCUUGUUUAGCUUCCGGUUCCGAAGCGAGAAGCCAUGGACCACUCAACUUGCAGCCGUUGCUUGUCUUUCUCUUGCGGCCAAAGUGGAGGAAACCCAAGUUCCUCUCCUACUGGAUUUACAAGUGGAGGAGAGCAGGUACGUGUUCGAGGCCAAAACUAUCCAAAGAAUGGAGAUUUUGGUGCUCUCAUCUCUUCAAUGGAAAAUGAACCCUGUAACCCCACUUUCGUUUCUAGAUUUCAUCGCAAGGAGGCUUGGGUUAAAGGACCAUCUUUGCUGGGAGUUUCUCAGGAGAUGCAACCGGAUUCUACUCUCUGUCAUUUCAGAUUUUAGGUUUAUGUGCUACCUUCCUUCUGAAAUGGCCACUGCUGCAAUGCUGCACGUUGUUGAUAGUGUGGAGCCUAGUCUUAGAGUAGAAUACGAAAACCAGCUAUUAGGCAUCCUGGGAAUUGAUAAGGACAGGGUAAAUGAAUGCUGUGAGUUGAUAAUGGAAUCGGCAACAAUGAAAGUCGAAGGCAACCGAUCGAAGAAGCGCGGGUUUAGCUCCUUCACGGGAAGCCCGAAUGGCGUAGUCGAUGUAAUGUUUAGUUCGGAUAGCUCGAACGAUUCAUGGGCAGUGGGAUCAUCAUCACCUGAGCCUAUGUCCAAGAAGAGCAGAAAUCAGCAAGACCAGCUUCUGGAAAUGCUAAGCAUUCCUCGCUGAAUAGUGAAUUUCACU